AUGGCGGAAUCCGAAGAUUUUGUAUAUGAUGCAGAGGAGCCCAUGCCAGAUUCAGAUGGUUUGGCCAAAAUGGUCAACGAUCCUCAUGUGCAAGAGCAGGUUACGAAAGACACAGUGAACGGCAAAUCGGGUGACAGAGAGUGGGCCAAGUUGCAGACGCUGGUAAAGGAUUCAGAAACUCCAUUGUAUCCCGGUUGCGAUCCCGAGUACACCCACCUAUCGGUGACGCUCGAACUUCUAAGGCAAAAGGCACUCCACAAUGACACAGACGGAAGCCUUGAUGAUAGUUUGGAGUAUCUUAGUAAGGUCUUGCCGAAGGGGAACGUUUUGCCUAGGAGUUGCGAUGAGGCCAAGAAAAUUGUGUGCCCUCUUGGAUUGGAGGUGAUUAGAUUCCAUGCUUGUCCAAAUGAUUGCAUCAUUUAUCGCGGGGAGCACGAGAAGCUAAAAAAGUGUCCAGAGUGCAAUGCAUCCCGGUUCAAGCGGGGAAAGACCCCACAAGCGAAAACCGUGGAAAAAUUGAUGAGUGGUGCUCCUGCAAAGGUUGUAUGGUACCUUCCAAUCAUUCCCCAUUUGAAGCGUCUGUUCGCAAACAAGAAUGAGGCGAAGCUGUUGCGUUGGCAUCAGGAGGGACGGAAAAUUAAUGAUGGUGUGAUGAGACACCCUGCAGAUGCUUGCCAGUGGAAAGCAAUCGACGUUGCAUUCCCUUCAUUUGGGGGAGAUUCAAGGAACAUCAGAUUUGGUAUGAGUACGGACGGAAUAAACCCUUUCGGCAACAUGAGUAGUAGGCACAGCACUUGGCCUGUUGUUAUGUGGAUGUACAACCUCCCUCCAUGGCUAUGUCUGAAGCGGAAGUAUAUACACCUAGCUAUGCUCAUUCAAGGCCCAAAGCAACCUGGUAGUGAUAUCAACAUGUACAUGAAACUAGUGUAUGAGGAGUUAGCGACACUAUGGACAGGGGUCGAGGUAUGGGACGCUUAUGAAGAAGAUAACUUUAAUAUGAAAGGUUUGCUUCUCACAACAGUCCAGGACUAUCCAGCCUUAGGAUAUCAAUCUGGCCAGUGCGUCCAUGGAUACAACGCAUGCGUGGAGUGCAUGGAUGAUACAACAAGUCGGCGCCUACCGGGCUCUCAGAAAAUUGUGUACAUGGGGCAUCGAAGAUGGCUUCUAGAUAAUGACCCAUGGAGACAAGAAAAAAUAAAGUUUGACAAUACAGUUGAGACCCGGUCACGACCACGUAAGAGGAGCGGGGAAGAAAUACAUAAAUUAUUGAACUCUUGGGCCGAGUGCCCUAAGGCGGGAAAGAAGCAGAAGCAGGUAAAGCCAUUGGAAGGCGUGUGGAAAACAAAAUCUAUGUUCUGGGACUUGGAAUACUGGCCCUAUCUUGACACACGACAUUGCAUAGAUGUCAUGCAUGUCGAAAAGAAUGUGUGCGAGAGCUUGCUUGGUUUGUUGCUUCACUUGCCAGACAAGACCAAAGAUGGUCCAAAGGCAAGAGCAUAUUUGGAAGAACUCGGUAUACGGAGAGAGCUAUGGGCAAGAGAGGAGAAGAGCAAUGAAGGAAGGGGUGUUACAAAAAUCAAGACGGAGUGUCCUGCCACUUGUUACACUCUAAGUAAGGCGAAACUCAAUAGAUUUUUCAAGUGCCUUGAAAGUGUGAAGGUUACUUCUGGCUACUCAGCAAAUAUACAGAGCCAUCUUGACAUGAAGAGUCACAAACUAAUCGGUAUGAAGUCGCAUGACUGCCAUGUUAUGAUCACACAAAUACUUCCGGUGGCAAUCAGGGGACUUAAGGAGCCAUGGGUUCGAAAGACGGUGUUGGACCUUUGUAACUUUUUCGACACUAUCUCUCAAAAGUCGAUUACAAAGAAGCGUUGCAAACAACUGCAAGAAGAGAUCAUUGUCAUACUAUGCGAGCUGGAGAUGUACUUUCCCCCUUCGUUCUUCGACAUCAUGGUGCAUCUCAUGAUCCAUAUAGUCCCAGAGAUAAUCGACCUAGGUCCCGUAUUCCUACACAACAUGUAUGCACUUGAAAGGUACAAUGGGAUUGUGAAGCGGUUUGUUCGUAACAGGUCCCAUCCAGAUGGAAGUAUCAUCCAAGGUUUUAUAUCGGAGGAGUGCGUCGAGUUUUGCACAGAUUACAUGAAAGUAGACAAACCUAUCGGUGUACCUGCUAGUCGGCACCUUGGCAGGCUUGGUGGUGAGGGCCAUCGGCGCGGAAAGAAGGAUCUACAUGUGCACAACGCUGCAAUCAAUCGAUCAGAUGACUACGACAGAGCACACUUAGUGGUGCUGCAGCACACUACGGUGGUCCGGCCUUACGUUCGUAUGCACAUGAAAAUGUUACAACAAGAGAACCCCAAAAAGAAAAGUGUCGCGCUUAUGAAAGAACACAACAGAAACUUUGCAGUACUCGAGCAAGUCAACCACCCCAGCAAAUGA